GUAUUUAGUACAAUAAUCGUUCAUUGAGUAAAGUAGCACCAUCGAAUGUGAUAAAUUAAAUUCAAAAUACGCGAAUUUAAACUUUGAAGAAGAUCAAGCUGAUCGUUCAUAUAUGUAUAAAUUUUUGGAUGUCAUCUGGUCGUAAUGACCUCCUACUUAUCUGUGGAGGCAUAAGCUAUUAAGUAAAGAAGAAGAAAAGUGAAUAAAAAUAAAUGAGAACAAAUAAUGAGAGUGCAAUGAGUGCGAAUAUGAAGGAGACAGUGCAUAAUUUGAGCAACGUCGUGAACAACGAGCAUGUCCACGAGAAUGAAAAGCAGGCAGUCAUCUCUGAGGAGUUGUCAGCCAAGCAGAAGUUGAGAAGCUGGCUGAAUCGACAUCUACGUAUUGAAAUGACAGAUGGUAGAGUGUUGAGAGGAGCAUUCUUGUGUACAGAUCGUGAUGCCAACGUUAUUUUGGGCUCGUGUACCGAAUAUUUAUCUACGGAGCACACAGAAGCAAGAGUCUUAGGCUUGGUGAUGGUGCCUGGUCGACAUAUUGUCUCAAUUCAUUUAGAUGUUUGAAGCUGCUCUUGCACAUCUGUAAAUAUUCUUCCAAUGUUUAUUUAUUAUAUU